AUGGACGAUCAGUUUGGCGGUCGUACCGACGACGAUUUGUUCUCCGACGACUUCGAGCCCCUCACCAAUGCUGUCACCGAGGUCCCUCCGUCGCUCGCGCCCGUAACAGCACCAGCACUAGCUGCGCCUCCGACCGAGGCCGUCGAGAUUCCUGCUGGGAAGCCCGAGAGGUCAUCGGCGCCUGCACCCAACAAGGCGAAACCUGCGGUCAAAGGCUUGGCGUACUCAAAGUACAGCGACAAGCCUGCCCCACGCCCUCCACGUCAGCCUGCCGCCAACAGCCCUUCAAACGCCAGCAAACCGAGCACACACCAGAAGCCGGCCACAAACCCGCCGGCAGCCAGCCAGCCGACGGCAAGCCAAGAAGCUCCAAACCAGGAGGCCACCAGCCCGAGCCCCGCGGCCCAGCAAGGCGGCACGAGCAAUGACACGGCACCGCCUCCGUCCGCUCCCACUGGGCCGAGCGCAGGACCAAACGCGCCGCGCGCGGGCAAAAAGACAUCCGGAGCAGCGCUACCGGGCCAGAACACGGCGCUCAAGUCGGAAUCGCGCAUCAAGUCGGGGGCCAACCCGCGGACAAAACUCACCGAGGGCGAGUUGACCGAGAGACUGGAGAAGAUGGCAAUCCUGAGUGCCGAGAAGGCGCGCAAGCAUGAACUGUCCGAGGCCGACGAACGAACCCACGCCGCUGCUUACGCCCACGGUAUGGAGGAGGCAAAGAAAAAGAAGGCCGCCGAGGCUGAGCGGAGGAAACGUGGGGAGGAGGAGCGGCGGCGGAUGGAUGCUGAACGAGCCAAGAACCGCGAGCGAAAGCUCAAAGCCAUGGAAAAUAAGACGGGCGGCUGGGACCAAGGCAAGAUUGAAGAACAGGAGCAGGACAGGGAGUUUCGAGGCGCGCAUGGCGGAAUCCGUGGCGCAAGGGGGGCGGAUUCUCUGGCGGGGAGCCGCUAUGCCAGGAACAAUGUCGACCAAGGAGCGGGCGAUCUUGCUGGCGAUGAAAAUUACCGGGGCCGCGGACGAGGGAGAGGACGUGGCGGCUCCAAUCGCGGGCGGGGAGGUCGAGGCGGCAAUCUUAACGGGCGUGAUGGGGCCGGCGCGUCGGCGAGCACUCCCUCCCAGGCGACGAACAAGCCCGUUCUGAACACGGCGGACUUCCCGGCGCUUCCAUCUGUGGAUUCCAAGUUCUCGCCCGAUUCCCCGACGGGCCCUCUUGACUGGGGGGAAGAGAUGGAGUCUCUGGAUGCUAAGCUGGCAGGCAAGGACCAGUAG